CAGUGGCUGAAACCAGUUGAAAUAGACAUCAGCUCCUGAGUGUGUACAGCGCAGUGACACGUGUGUAUGUGAAAUACACAUCACCGUGGUUUAUACAAGCCACCGCUGCGAUAUGGGAUUUAUACGAAAUCGACAUGAUGUUAUGUGAAAUUGACAUGUUUCUAUGUGAUAUUAUCACGUUCUGAUUACGGAGUAGUUCUUUAUGGUCGAGCACUUCGGUUGAUAUUUGGUUCAAUCAAAAGUUGUUUAGCGAGUUUUCAUUUCCAGGAGCACUCGUCAUACGUGUGGGUGGUUGACCGUGAAAUAGACAAGGGGAGGGUUGCAAACGAUGACAGUGAUGAAUAUAUGAACAAAUUGACUAAUGAGGUGAAGCUUGCAACUAUCAAUCAAUACCCCGGAGGAUUUGACAGUCUGAGUAUUAUUGUCAGUUAAUAGUUGUGGGACCUACAACCGCAUCACAACGACGGUACAACGACGUUACACCUCAACAUACAGCUUACUCGUUAAUGUGUGCAACGGUUCGAUACAGUGUGAAGUGUUAGUGAAUUAGCUGUGUUAUUGUGCUGCUUGAAAUCAUCACGACCGACAGCGGCCAGAUAUGAAGUGUUCAGUGAUUUCCAAGGCAAAUUAAAGACAGUUGGUGAAAAUGGGACGAUAUUCAGGAAACGUAACCUUGUUGGUUUGGAUACUUUGCUGUAAUUUCUGCCAUGGAUACACGACACUUUGGGAUGUGGUGAAAAACGAGUUCUCCUUACACAAGAUCGCUCGUGCAAUAGAAGAAAGGGAACUGUCGUACCUCUUCAUGGCUGAGAAUAUCACCAUCUUUCUGCCCUCCAAUGACGCCUACUUUGACUUUGUGCCCAAGUCGUUUGGAUACAACCGUAAUGACGUCAACAUGUGGCGGGAACUGGUUCUGUACAGCUCAGUGCAAGGGGCUCUUCUACUCGAGAACAUCAAAGACAAAGACAUGCUGGGGACCCGACUGGGAGCCGACUUCAAAAUUUACUGUAAUAAGUAUACAGAUAAGAAGGGACAGUUUACCACAAUAAACGGUGCCCGCUUUAUAGAGAGCGACAUCCAGACUGAGAACGGCGUGCUUCACAUCAUGGACCGAGUGCUGGCCCCCAUGUCGAGCAACAACACUCUGGCCGAGUACAUAGAGCGUCCCACCAUCCCCAACCUGUCAUUUGAGUCUAUCAUCAAGGCGAAGAUCGUGGUGCCAGAUCUUGAGGCAGAGACGAGGAACUCCAGCCUCUACUUCACAUCCUUCUCACCCAACGAUUCCUUUCUCCUGGCAAUGCCCUCGUAUGGCAAAGACCGGAUCUUCUUAGAUUGGGGACUUCUCGAAAAAGUCUACCGAGCACAUAUAGUUCCGUACUCGGUCUUGUUUCUUCCAUCAAUUGGACCGAUGCCCAACAUCCAGGCGUCAGUCGGCACACUCAGCUUCACUCGAUACAACGGCCAAAUCUAUGUCUACAACGGCAUGGUGAGAGCACGGGUUGUACAGGCAAACAUCCCCGUUGGCAACGGCGUGCUCCAUGUCAUCGACAACCUCCUGUACUUCGUCUACGACAACGUUGUGCAGAGACUCGGUGGUAUGCAAGAAACAAGCAAAAUGUGGGAGUACAUGAAGAAACUGCCCGACAGCAUCCAGGCCAGGCUGAACAGCACCAGCGUCAACUACACCGUGUUCGCCCCCACCGACUGGGCCUUCAGCAAGAUCCCCACGUCCCAGCAGCUGGAGCUGGAUAGGGAUGACGAGGAGGGGGAGAAACUCCUCAAAUAUCUACUGUUUGGACACAUAAUCCCGGAUGUGCAGCUUGACGCCGCCAUGUUGUCCCAUGAUCAGAUGCUGAGGACGAUGGACAAUCGCACCAUUCACAUCAAACACGUAGAUGGAGAUACGUACCUAGAGAGCGGAUCAGUGAGAGCCAGACUGGAGAUGACCAACAUCGGCUGCACCAACGGCGUGAUCCACCUCAUCAGCAACAUCCUCUUCUUCAAGAACUUCACCAUCUGGGAGGCCAUCGAGAACAUCCCGCAGCUCAGUAUAAUGUACUCCUUCGCUAUACAGUACCCGGACAUAGAGGCGAAACUCUCGGCAGAGACUUCUGGCGCGUUGACCAUGUUCAUGGCUAGCGACUCGGUGUUGAAGACCACGUCCCGAUCCGCCCUGGACACGCUUAACUCCUUCCCCCACAUGGUGUACCAGGCACUAAGGGGUCAGAUUGUCCAGGGACAGUUCAGCUCGUCCAGUGUGGCCAGCUCCGUGCAGGUGGGGACGCUGGCCGGCAAGAGUCUCCGCAUCUACAAGGAGGACUCCAGGACCGGCACAGAAGAUGAAGAUAUGAUGGUGGAGGGAAGUCACGUGAAAGCUCGCGUGAUUGUGAAGGACAUCUGGUGUUCAAACGGCGUACUACACAUCGUGGACGACAUUCUGCACGUGGCCAUCCGGAGCAUCAUUGAGGAGAUGGACAGACGACCGGACAUCAGCUACACACGCACCAUGUUCCGCGCCAUCCCAGCCCUACAGGACCACCUCUCCCAGCUGGCGCAGAGCUUCACCGUCUUCAUCCCCCACAACGACGCCUACGCCAGCCUUCCCUGGGCCUCCGUCAACUCCCUGCUGAAAAACAUCAACAAAACCAAAGAGCUGAUGCAGGCACACAUCGUCACGGGUGUUGCUAAGAACAUUGACGAACUCGCCGACAGACAGAUGCUGCAGGCGGAUAAAAACGUCAUUUACAUCGUCAAAAAGUCGGGGAACGUGUACGUCGUCAACAACAACAUGUGGGCCAAGGUGAUCGUCCCCGACAUCCCGGCGUCUAACGGCAUCAUUCACAUCAUCAACAACCUCGUCUAUUACCCCUACAAGACCGUGGCGGAAAUGCUGGAUUCCACAGAUGAGCUGCGCGCCUUCUAUAUGAUCAUGUCCGGCCUCCCGGAGUUCAACAGCCUGGUCAACAAAGGGGAGAGAAAUCUCACAGUGUUUGCGCCCUCUGCUGACUUCCUGAACUCCCUCGCCAUCUCCCGACUCGACCGCAUCCGAAACAGCACACAUGUUUUAAGAAAGUUAUUCCGAGGCCAUCUGUUUCCGUCAUUCCGACUGGACGACGAGUUCCUUCGGCGCUACCAAGUGGAGGAAUAUGUGUCUCGGAGUUCGCUCAAUACGACCUUCACGCUGCGCAGGUCUGGGGAUGACACAUAUAUCGACGCGGGGUACGAGCCGGCCUAUAUCGACCUGAUAGGGCGUGGCUACGGCUGCAGUAACGGCGUGAUCUACGUAAUUGACGGCUUCCUCAACUACUCCCCCUUCAACCUCAUGGAGCGGCUGCAAGGGGACUCCAAUAUAGAGCACUCUCUCGGAUAUCUGCUGCGCCUGCUGAACAAUACGUCGGAAACACUGCUGUCACGUGAAGACAAGACCUACACCUUGCUCAUUCCCCGCAACCUGGCUCUGAGAAAACUCACGUAUACAGAUUUCAUGACUUUGGAUAAUUUCCCGCCGUCGGAGAGAAUGAAAGUGUUCUGGCGCCAUGUUUUAAAUGACACGGAAGUGACGUAUCACGAUUUAAAACAGGGCACAGUGAGGUCGGAUGUUCUCCCAAAAGAUGUUAUGUUGGAAACAAACCAAGACGGUGUAUUUUUCAAAUGGAGGCACGUCCAGUCCAAGGUUGUGGAGUACGACCGCCUCGCCUCAAAUGGCGUCAUCCAUAUUGUAGACAGCUUCCUGUUUACGACUUCAGACCCGAAAACGACACCAAGAUCUACAACAUAUGUGCCCACGUCAACAACGAGGGUACUUCCGGUUUCUGAAACCGGGUGUGUGCUGAACCAUCCUUGCCUUACAGUGUUACUGAUGCUCUCCUCUGCAACAUUCAGCCUCUUCACGUGACCACUGAAGCAUAACACAUCACCCCUUGCGUAUAAUAACAAUAAUAAACAACGUGCGCCGAGCACAAGGAAGUCCCCGUGUGUAUAUAGGUGUGAAAGACUUCAAACCAAAGAGGAGGAUGUCUGUUCAUAUGUGUAUCUUACGAAUGCAACCAGUAUUGAAAAUACUCAUAUGUAAAUAUACACGUUAAAAGGCACACCCUGAAGUGUAGAUUCAGUAACAGGUAUUCAAAAUGCCUUCACCUCUCUUUAUAUCUCUGUUAACCCUGUAUGAUAAUGUUUGUUAGUUUAUUGAUUAAUGUGGCUCCGCCUGGUGUGAAUAAUACAACGGUUACUAAGACAA